CCGCUUCUCGUCUUCCGUUUCCCCUCCCUCCAUUUUUUCGUCACCUCGUUUGUGUUUCGCUCCUUGACUGCCAAACAGAAACAAAAAUGGCAUGCAAACUCCUCCUACCUCAAACUCACUUUCUCCAAAACCCUCGCCGAAAGAAUCCGUGUACAUCAUCACCUCCUCAGUCUUAUACUACCUUGUCGACCAAUCGCCGACUUCUCUAUAAAUUUGCACCUUCCUUUCACGCUUCUGCUUUCCCUUCAAAUUUGUGUAUUAAAACUUCGAGGACGCAUCGCUAUUGGUUCGUGCCCUCUUGCGUUAAUAGGACUCAAGAACUCAUUGAUGAUGGCCUCGAAACUUCACUUGAAAAUGAAGAUCAAGUGGAAGAGAAUUCUCGAGGGCAAGAAGGCGAAGAUGAAAUGCUGGAGAAGAUUGAGAAGCAGGAACUGGCCGACCAGAGUAUAUGGGCACAGAUGGAGGGAAUAGUCAAGUUUACUGGCCCGGCAACGGGACUUUGGAUAUGCGGACCUCUAAUGAGUCUCAUUGAUACAGCUGUUAUUGGUCAAGGAAGCUCGAUUGAACUUGCUGCAUUAGGCCCCGCUACAGUUGUUUGUGAUUACAUGAGUUACGCGUUCAUGUUUCUCUCGAUUGCUACUUCUAAUAUGGUUGCUACUGCUCUUGCUAAGCAGGAUAGGGAAGAAGUACAGCUUCACAUAUCCGUCUUGCUUUUUGUUGGCCUAGCUUGUGGCUUGGUGAUGCUUUUGUUUACACGAUUAUUUGGGGCAGCAACACUCACUGCUUUUAGUGGGUCAAAGAAUUUACAUGUGGUGCCUGCGGCAAACACUUAUGUGCAGAUUCGAGGCUUGGCAUGGCCAGCCUUACUUGUUGGAUGGGUUGCUCAAAGUGCUAGUCUUGGCAUGAAAGAUUCCUGGGGACCCUUGAAGGCUUUAGCUGCUGCUAGUGUUAUAAAUGGCAUUGGUGAUAUAGUUUUGUGCAUCUUUUUAGGCUAUGGCAUCGCUGGGGCUGCUUGGGCUACGAUGGCUUCACAAGUUGUUGCUGCAUACAUGAUGGUUCAGACUCUAAAUGAAAAGGGAUACAAUGCAUUUGCCUUCUCCGUACCUUCAGCCCAGGAAAUUUGUACAAUACUUGGGCUUGCCGCUCCUGUGUUUGUAACAAUGAUGUCAAAGGUGGCUUUCUACUCGUUGCUUAUAUAUUUUGCCACAUCAAUGGGCACACAUACAAUGGCUGCUCAUCAAGUCAUGGUUCAAACCUUCUGCAUGUGUACAGUAUUGGGUGAGCCUCUCUCUCAAACUGCCCAAUCAUUUAUGCCUGAAUUGAUAUAUGGUGUCAGUCGGAGCUUGGAAAAGGCUAGAAUACUUCUGAAGUCUCUUGUAAUAAUUGGAGCUACAUUCGGAUUUCUGUUAGGGAUUGUUGGAACAUCAGUUCCGUGGCUAUUCCCCAAUAUUUUUACACCUGAUCAGAUGGUUAUCCAGGAGAUGCAUAAGGUGCUGAUUCCAUACUUCAUAGCACUAGCUGUGACACCGCCUACCCACAGCCUUGAAGGAACCUUGCUGGCCGGACGGGAUCUAAGAUUUAUAAGUCUGUCAAUGAGUGGGUGCUUUACUUUAGGUGCACUUGUAUUAAUGAUAUUGAGCGGCAGAUAUGGCUUGCAAGGCUGUUGGUUUGCACUCGCAGGAUUUCAAUGGGCUCGGUUUUCAAUUGCCCUCCAGCGCCUUCUUUCUUCCAAUGGCAUGUUGUACUCUGAAGAAUUUGGGCAGCACAAGCAGCAAAAGCUGAGGACUGCAUAGUUUAAGAGUUCAGUUUAAUAUUUAUAAUUCAUGACACACCUCCAUAGGGAUAGGAAGUAAAAGGACUUGCAUUCCGUGUAUGUAUCAGAUGAGAGGAGAAUGCAUAUGUUUUAAAAGCCAGAGCUGAUCUUUCUUCCCCUUUUAUAUUUCUUCUUUUAAAGCAGGAUGCGGUGCAGACAAUUUAAAUGCUUCAGUAUUCCGCUUGUUUUAGACUCGCAACCCUGCCUAGAUUUUCAUACUCUGGCGUGGCCGUGUGAUAUCCACUCAUUUUUGUUCUUUUGGUGUUUUUGGUUGGGGGGGUGGUUGGAGUGUCCUUUUUCCACCUACGUGGGUCAUGUAAUUAUGCAAUGACAUUUCAACCAUUAAAAUGAUUAACUAUUUGGGAUUUUUUACAAA